GCUGCGCCGCGCGCGCCGCGCCAGGGCGGGAGCCGGGCCUGGGUCGCGGGCAGGAACCGGCCAGGGACGCACCCGCCGCGCUGCGGGUCUCCCGGGAGUCGCGGCGAUGGCGGUGCAGGCGGCGCUCCUUAGCACGCACCCCUUCGUCCCCUUCGGCUUCGGGGGAUCCCCGGACGGGCUGGGGGGCGCCUUCGGAGCCCUGGACAAGGGCUGCUGUUUCGAGGACGAUGAGACCGGGACGCCCGCGGGCGAGCUGCUGGCGGGCAACGAGGGCGGGGACAUGCGUGAGGCCACCCGCGACCUGCUCAGCUUCAUCGACUCGGCGUCCAGCAACAUCAAGCUGGCACUGGACAAGCCAGGCAAGUCGAAGCGAAAGGUGAACCACCGCAAGUACCUGCAGAAGCAGAUCAAGCGCUGCAGCGGCCUGAUGGGCGCCGCGCCCCCCGGCCCGCCCUCUCCGGGCGCCGCCGACACGCCCGCGAAGCGGCCGCUCGCCGCCCCCGGCGCGCAGACCGUCGCGGUCCCGCCCCACGGCAAGGCUGCCCCCCGGCGGGAGGCCGCGCAGGCCGCGGCGGCCGCCAGCCUGCAGAGCCGGAGCCUGGCCGCGCUCUUCGACUCGCUGCGCCACGUCCCUGGGGGCGCCGAGCGGGCCGGGGGGGCGCUGGCUGCGCCCGCGGCCGGGCUCGGCGCAGCGGGCGCCGGGGGCUCGGGAGGGGAAGCGGCCGGCACCGCGGGGGGUACGGCGGCCCCCGGCCCCCGGAAGGUCCCGCUGCGCGCCCGCAACCUGCCCCCGUCCUUCUUCACCGAGCCGUCCCGGGCGGGCGGCGGCGGCGGCUGCGGCCCGUCGGGGCCCGGCGUGAGCUUGGGCGACCUGGAGAAGGGCGCCGAGGCCCUGGAGUUCUUCGAGUUGCUGGGGCCCGACUACGGCGGCGGCGCCGAGGCCAGCGUCUUGCUCGCCGCGGAGUCUCUCGAUGUGUUCCCCACGGGAGCCGCCGUCCUGCGGGGCCCCCCGGAGUUGGAGCCCGGUCUCUUCGAGCCGCCCCCUGCCAUGGUGGGGAACCUCCUGUACCCCGAGUCCUGGAGCGCCCCGGGCGGCCCGCAGACCAAGAAGCCGCCGCUGGCUGCCCCGCGCGGAGGCUUGACCUUGAACGAGCCCUUGCGCCCCCUGUACCCCUCCGCCGCGGACUCGCCGGGAGGGGAGGACGCGACCGGCCUGUUGGCGUCUUUCGCCCCCUUUUUCUCAGACUGCGCCCUGCCCCCGCCGCCGCCGCCGCCGCAUCAGGUGUCGUACGAUUACAGCGCCGGCUACAGCCGCACGGCUUACUCCAGCCUCUGGAGACCGGACGGGGCUUGGGAAGGGGCGCCCGGGGAGGAGGGGGCGCACCGGGACUGAUGGAGAGGUGCCGUUGCCUCGCGUUCGAGGCCGCUGUGGGGAGCUCCCGCCUUUGGGUCUCUCCUAAGCCUCAGGACGACGGAAAAGUGCGCGUGGAGAUGAAAUGAAUUUAAAAAUAUUCACUUAAUAAAAGAAACUUACGAAAAAGAA